AUGGUCGCGCUCAACUCUAGCGCCAUUCAGCCUGAGCUCGCCGGCAAGGUCGCCCUUGUAACUGGUGGUGGUCGGGGCAUCGGCUCCGGUAUCGCAUUGGAGCUGGCGAAGAAGGGCGCAUCCGUGGCAAUCAACUAUGCCAGCAGCUCUCAAACCGCCGACAAGGUCGUGCAAGAGAUCCAGGCACAGGGUGUGAAAGGUGCAGCCUUCCAGGCUGACCUGACGAACGUCGACUCCAUCGGAAACCUCUUUAGCCAGGUCGUGGCACACUUCGGCCAACUCGACAUCGUGGUCUCCAACGCCGGAACGGAGAAGUUCGUUUCUCUGGCUGACACCACGCUGGAGGACUUCAACGACGUAUUCGACCUCAACACACGGGCGCAGUUCUUCGUCGCUAAGAAUGCCUACGACCACAUCCAGCCCGGUGGACGUGUUGUCCUGAUGUCGUCCAUCGCUGCUGGCGUUGGUGUUCCCGGACACUCCCUGUAUGCCGGCAGCAAGAGCGCCAUCGAGGGUUUCACUCGCUGUUUUGCUGCCGAUUUCGGCAAAAAGCGUUGCACCGUCAAUGCGAUCGCUCCUGCUGGCAUCAAGAGUGACAUGUGGUUGAGCAACUCGUGGCGCUAUGCCCCUGGCUGUGACCAGAACUCGUCUCUCGAGGAUAUUGAGCAGGCUCUGGCUAAUGGUAGCCCUCUCAAGCGCUGUGGUGUGCCCGCGGACAUUGGUCGUGUUGUAGCAUUCCUGGCCAGUCCCGCUGGAGAAUGGAUCAACGGUCAGAUUCUGCCCCUGAAUGGAGGUGCCAAUAUCUAA